UUGUCCUCUCAAACUUCUAAUAACCUUUUUCGAUUUAUUUAUUUUUUGUUAGUUGCAAUUUUUAUUUUUAAUUUUUUUUUCUUUAAAAGGGCUCGGCAUGGUUCCUGUAUUUUUUGGACAUUCGGUUCCAUUAUUAGGAUUCUUAAAUUAGGCUAAAAAAUUACAUUUUUUGUCUGCUUAUUUUUAAAAUAAAAUUUUAUUUAUAUUUUAAUCCGUGAAAACGAAAAUUAAAAUUUACCGAAAUCUUUUAAAUAAUUAUUUAAUUUUAUUACAUAUUAUUAUUUCUUAAUCGCCUCUUUAGUUGCUUUGCACUACGAACGAAAAGAUUAUUUUUAUUGGUGUGAAAAUUGAAUAAAAUAUUUUCUUUUUAAAUUUAUUUUUGUUUAUACUUAAAAAAAUUUGUAUUUUAAUUUUAUAUUUAAAUAUUUAAUUUAAUUUUUUAAAAUUAUUUUUUUGAAAAUGUCCAUUUUUAAUCAAAACUUUCGAAUUAUAUUUCAUUCAAAAUAUCAGAGAAGAUUAUUUUGUCCAAUUUCAACAUUAAAUAAAAUAAAUUUAAAUUUAUUUUCAACAUCUACAGAAAUUAAAUCAGAAGAAAAUUCAGCCAAUGUUUCCACUCAAACUGAUGGAAAAGGUCUUAGAGUAGCGAUUAUUGGAUGUUCAAAUGUUGGAAAGUCUGCCUUAACGAAUGCUCUUAUUCGCUCCCCUAUUUGUGCUGUUAGUAAAUUGGUUGAUACAACUAGAGCGAAUACAACAGCAGCACUAACUGAAAAUCAAUGUCAAUUAAUUAUUGUUGAUAGUCCUGGUUUGGUCAGUUUAAGUCAUGCAAAAGAAGUAAUUGGCACCCAUUCAGACGAUCGAAUUUUAACACAUCCAGAAAAGGCAAUUGAAAGAGCUGAACAAAUAAUUGUUGUUCAUGAUGCAACAGCUAAAGGUCAAUAUUUACAACACAGAAUUCUUUACAUUCUUCAACGUUAUAUGCACAUCCCUGCUUGUCUAGUUAUUAAUAAAAUUGAUUUAAUUGAAAGCCGUGCUGAUUUACUUAAAUUGACUGAAAUUUUAACUGAUGGAACUGUUGGGGGAGAAAAACUUGAGAAAAAACCUAUUAGUCUAGGCAUUGUUGGUUCAAUAAUUUCAAAAGCCAAAAAAUCUAAAGGAUCUGACAAUAAUGAUUCUCUCAGUCUUCAUCCACUAACAACAAAAGAACGUGAUUCUAAUUGGUAUUCUCUCUACAAUAAAUUACUACAUAAACCUUUACAUAAAGCUAGUUGGUCAGAUACAAAAAAAUUAUUUAAAGAACAAAAUGGCUGGCCACAUUUUAAGGCAGUUUUCUUUACUAGUGCUCAAACAAAUGAAGGAAUAGAUAUAUUAAGAGAAUAUUUGAGAGAAAAUUCUGUUGAUAAACAAUGGAGUUUUGCCCCACAAACUGUUAGCAAAAAGAAUUCUCGUUUACUUUGUGCUGAAUAUGUCCGUUCUGCUUUAUUAAAUAAUUGCCCUCCUCAUGUAGCUUAUAAACUUCGAGUAUCAAUUACUGAGUGGGAAUUUGAUGAAGACCUUCCUGUAAAUGAACAAAUGCUUAAAGUUGCUGCAAAUAUUUUCUGUGAAAAUGAACGUGAAGCUCGACAAGUUUGGUAUCGAAUGGAGGAAAUUGAGAAUGCAGUUCUUCAACAAUUACAACAAGUAUUUUGUCAGAAUGUCAUUUUCCGCUUAUUUAUUAGAGUUAAAGACCGUUCAGGUAUUUAUCAACCUGAUGAAAAAGCGGAGGAAAAAAAGAAAAUAAUGAAAACUGAAGAGAGAAGAAAAUAA